CCUUGCGCAAAACUAGCUUAGCAAUUCAACUAACAAAUGAAACAGCUGAGGAUUAUUAUAUUGUCGCUGCUGCUGAUUUGCCAACGAACGCUCGGCCAGGAUUAUGGAUUUCUGCGCAUUAUCAAUGGCACAGCGGCAAAGGCUAAGCAAUUGCCUUAUCAGGUAGCCCUGCAUUCUUACUUUAGUAGUGCACCCAAGGAGGCAACUAUAUGUGGCGGAACUAUUAUAUCCAAGCGUUGGAUAUUAACAGCGGCGCACUGUCUGCAGGAACCAAACUCCAAGCUACUCAAAUCAAUUGUGCUCCUGGGCGUAUUUAACAAAGCCAAAAAGCAUGAAGCAGGCAUUAUCAGAAUGCAGAUCAACAGCAGUCAUGUCAUACCUCAUGAGCAUUACGACCUCCGUACAGUGGCUAAUGAUAUAGGUCUAGUGCGAUUACCGCAAGAACUAAAGUUCAAUGUGUAUGCCCAGCCAGCCAAGCUGCCCAAGAAAAACGAUAAGCAAACAUUUGAAGGUCGCUUGGCCAUUGCCUCUGGUUGGGGAGUAACCGCAAAGCAACACCAAGUCGAUGUAUUGCAAUAUAUCACUGUUAAAAUUAUUUCCAACAAGCAAUGUGAGCAGCUUUGGAAUGCUAAGCUGGGCAAGGCGCGCAAGCUUAUGCUGGACUCAUUCAUAUGCAUUGAUCCGCACAAGGGACUGCCCUGUCGUGGCGAUUCCGGUGGCCCCUUGGUCUUGAACGAUGGUUCACUUACGCUUGUCGGGAUAAUCUCACACGGCUUUGAUGCCAAAUGCCAACUGCGAGUACCGGACAUAUUUACACGCGUCUCCUCACACAUUGAUUGGAUUCUGCGGCACACGGGGAAAUUUAGAGCUGGAGCAAUGAAGAAGUUGUGCACACUAGUUUUGGCUUUGCUUAGCAUAGCUCCAAGCCAAAUGCUCGAGGUCAACGUAUCGUACCAGGCAGUCAUCCAGACCUUUUACACUGAAUUCGAAGAUAUUUCAACGAUGUGCAGCGGUGCUCUGAUAUCAAGUCGUUGGAUACUGACUGCAGCACAUUGUUUCGAGGCAUCGGACCUAACACUGGAGUAUAUACUUGUGGCCAUGGGCAUCAGCGACAAAAAUUUUGGCCAUAUUGAUGUCACACUUCAUAGUCGCGACAUUAUCGUACACGAGGAAUACGAUCCAAGAUAUGGCGAGAAUGACAUAGCGCUACUAAAUUUGCCAGCAAACCUGAACCUUAAUUUAAUUAUGCAGUCAGUCCAGUUGCCUAGCGUAAAGACGGAUAGCUUAGCGGGACGUAAUGCAAUCAUCUCAGGCUGGGGUCUGCUAAAAAGGCAGCGGCCAAAUAGAAAGCUGGGAUUCUAUCCUGUCAAGAUACUCUCAAAUGAAAAGUGCCAACAGGAAUGGAAAUCAUUUCUGCCUGGAAAAAGCAAGGAAAUAGUGGAAACCUUUUUAUGCAUUGUUACUGGCAAGUAUACACGCUUUAAUGGGGACUCCGGCGGUCCUCUAGUGCUGGACACGUAUCCAUUAACGCUCGUAGGCAUCGUCUCACACGGUUAUUAUAUGGAGAACGAAGAAAGACCGCCGGACAUAUGCACGCGUGUCUCUGAUUUUCUCAGUUGGAUAUACAAGUUUACAGGAAACUUGACAAUGGAUCAGGUUAAGCCGCAAAUUCAAAAUUACUCUGAAGCAACGCAAGGCAAUGAAAAUAACGAAAAGCAGACAAGUAGUGAGAAUUAUAAGAGCAGAGAUCCUGACGGAUUAUUAAAUUAAUUAUGCUUAAGCUAUGAAGUAAAUGCUAAGAUUUCAUUUCAAACGUGUGCUUUAUUUUUCAUUACUCAUACAAACUCCAUGGUACUCACGUUUCCAUACUUUCAUAAUAUUUUGUUGUGGCUUUGCUAAAUUUUCUCGUUAUCAUUGUGGCUUGACGGUGUUAAACAAUGUUGCUUAUGAUAGUGUUGUUUAAAUGUAGUCUCCUUGUGGGCUAAUGUUGCUGAUUAAUCGUUAAUUGAUUUAUUUUGUUGUUUCAUAAAUGCAAUUUGUUAAUGUAAAAAAUCUAAACGAAAUGAUAAUACGCUUGCCUUACACAUAUUCUUGGUUCCUCAAGCAUUUUGUAUUGUUUAAAUAUGUACAAAAACUGUAAACAAGUUUGUUAAAAAUUUUAUACAAUAUUUUGUUU